GAGGAAGCCUUGGAGUUAGAUGAUGGCGUCCACAUGAUCGUAUUUGCUGCAUAUGUACAUGUAUGUAUAACUGUGAGAUGUGUAUCGACCGGAUUUCCUUGAUUAUAUAUCAUUCUUGUUGGUGAAGGAAGAGAAGCAAACAAACGUUGUAUAACACGGGAAAACACCAAAAUCCUCACUACUCGGGACCGUUUGAUAUGGAGAAACCCAAGAUGUGGAAUAUGGGCAAGCCCCUCUCUACGUGAUGUUCAGGAGUGUUCGGGAGAAUUUCCAUCUUCAAGGUCCGAAGGAUUUCGGGGUCAGAGAAUAUCGGCUAGUCUGAGAUAGGAAUAGAGCAGAAAGGUGAAGCUCAGCUACGGCUAUGGGUGCUCGUGCCAAUUGAAAAUACGGCGGACGAUAGAGGCAAAUAAUGCUGGUAAGCUUCAUCACUCGUAUCUUGCAGGCACGGUGCUUAUCGCUAUCUUUCUUUUCUAGUAACGAAUUUGGACUCUUGCUUUGUUCUUCUCCUUCACCAAUUCAAUCACUCCAAUAGUUAAAUAAUAUGGCCUCACCUGCAUCCUCAAAUCGUCAGCAGGAUCAUUCUUCACGGCGACAUUCUAGGUCCCCCUCCACAGAUUCCGAAGGGGAGAGAAGGCGGAGGAGGCGCAGGAGAGAGCGAGAGGCUGACCGUGGAUCAACUCGUACCGACAGGCAUGAUGAUCGUUCCAGAGGCACGAGAGAUCAAUACGAAGAUAAAGUGAGAUACCGCAGAAGGUCGCGCAGUCCAGUUGAUUCAGAUUCUUCCCGGCAAAAAGUCAAUCGAGAUUCGCAUCGCAGAAGAUCGCGCAGUCCCCGACGAAAGGAUGAUCGAGAUUCACAUCGCAGAAGAGAUAGAUCUCGAGACCGAAGACGGAAUAAGGAUGGAAAUGCAAAUGACAAUACCAGGUCGGCGGAAUCAACGACAAACUUGGUAGCGUCUCGAAAACAAAACGGUCCGCUACCAUCCCAAGCUGCAUCGUUUCAAUCGAAAAAAGAUCCAUCCUCAACAGCCCUUGUCACCACCGGAGACGAGCCAGUACCUGAAAAAGAGAAGCCGAAUUUAGGACACACGGGGAUCUUGGCAGCAGCUUCAAAUACAAUUACACAGGCAGAUGGGAAUUCUAUAGUUCUAAAAUAUCACGAACCACCUGAAGCAUGCAAGCCACCAUCUAAAGACGAUUGGAAACUUUUUGUGUUUAAAGGCGCCGACAUUAUCGAAACCAUUGAUUUGAGUUCCAAGAGUUGCUGGCUUGUUGGUCGAGAACGUGCCGUGGUGGAUUUAGCUGCAGAACAUCCAAGCAUCAGCAAACAACAUGCCGUCAUACAGUUCAAAGCGACAGAGAAGAUGAACGAAUUUGGCGAUAAGAUUCGCAAAGUGAAGCCAUACUUGAUCGAUCUCGAAUCUGCGAACGGUACGAUGAUGAACAAAGAUCCGGUGGACGCGAGUCGAUACGUUGAGUUAAUGGAUAAGGACAUGAUACAAUUUGGUCACAGCACCAGAGAGUACGUCCUAAUGUUGGCACCGAGAACUUAAGCAAAAGGAGGUUGUCAUCUAUGGUAACAUACUUUCGGAAGUUCCUUUCAUACUCAUCAUGCUAUACGAUUUGUACCAUAUCAAAGAAGCAGAAGUCAGCUGCAACCCAUCACCAGAUUUUGAAACCGUGCGGAGGGACGAAGAUCUCUUGAAGGAAAGGAAGAUGCAUGUGUUGAAAGAUUAACUUUACCAUACUAACUACUCCACCAUGUCUCACUUGACUUUGCCGCCAGUACAACCUAUCAAGGUCACCGCGGUAAUGUCGCCGAGAAUCGUAAAUAGAGUUUCAAAGCUUGAAUGAUGUAGGGCCGUCUGGGCAAUUAGGGAGAGAGAAAAGUGCCGGUGCUAAUAUAGCUCGUUGUGGACAAAUCACAUUGAACUUGGCAUUACAAACUUUGAGCCUCAUAAAUUGUCACUUGCUUCA